AUAUUGAUGAGUGAUAAAACUGUUGAUACUCAUGUUUGGACACUUGAGCAUAUCAAAAAGGCUGUAGAAAAAGGUCUAAUUGUUAUGUUUAUUGACAGAGAUCCUGCACUUGAUUCUGCAAUUUCAAUUGUUUUUCUUAAAACAUAUUCGGCCUAUUGUAUCUUCCAUAUUAUACAAAACUUAUCUAAAAAUCUAAAAGCAAAGUUAGAUAUUAAUUGGGAUAAUUUUAUCAAGCAAUUUUAUAAAUAUCAUAAUAGUUUAUAUAAACUGCUAUUUAAAGAAAGGUGGAGCAAAUUACUUAACGAUUUCUCAAUAGCAAAGAAUUAUUUCUUAUAUAUAUUGGAUCCAAAAUAUUGUUCAUGGGCUCGAGUUUAUCUUUACAAAAUAUUCAUAACAGAUGUUGAAAGCAUAGCAAGAGUUGAAAGUUAUAAUUGGAUUAUUAAGUAA